GAGUUGUAUGCAUGUCAAAAACAUAAAUUCCCAACAAACUCAUUUUUUAGGUACUGUAUUCAAAUCCUAAUGCAUGAUACGAUGGUUUUUAUUGUUUUAUAUGACGCAGUUGGAAUAAAUAAAUUGUAAUAAAAUUAGCUGAAUUUACCCGUAAAUAAACUAACAUAAUUUUACAUAUGUUUCUAUUGUGGACUUUAAGGUUAAGAAGCCUGUAUAUUCAUGCACAUUUUUUUUAACUAGCUGAACGUUUGAUUGUAACUACUUUUCCUUUGGCCAUUGUUUUGAGUUUUAUUUUGAAAUCUGCGACCGGAAGUUUAGCAUCUUUAGCGUAAAACGUCAAAAACCGAGUUCUGAACAGCUUAAAAAGAUGAUCCACGGCGCGUAGCGUUUGUCAUAUUUACCUUUAAAUUGUAUUUAACAUCAUUUCAUCGUAUCGUUUCUUAAUGAUCGCUACGAUUGUUUCUUGUUGAGUUUGUUGACAUUUUUUUCUCUCCGUUUCCCCCCUCGGUGUGUCAGCUGUCUCCGCCCACACAUUCCUGUGUGUCUGGGUUUGCAGGAGGAGGAAAGAAGAAAACUGGACGUGUAGCUUUUCUGAAAACACACAAGAACCUGAGCGGAGAUGAUACUGAGCGACGAAAACAGUUUCCAGCCYAAAUCUAUCCGAUGUGGCGUUUAUUUGUUUGUGUUGAAUCCAGUUGGACUUGUUUCUGAGUCGUGAGUUCGUAUUUCUUUUAUUAUUUGUUUAUUUUUUCCCCUCCCAGACACGCAGAAGUUGUGUGGAACUUUAUUUUUGAGUUUGGAGUUUGUGAGCAGCAGAGAAAGCUCGGCGUGUGUCGCUGCUGGAGGAAAUAAAGUGAGGGAGGCCGGAGGAGGACAUCAUGGAGAUCCUGGASAGCAGCGAAGCGUUUCUCCACUGGGACAGAAACCUCAGCGAGCUGUCUGAGGCCGAGGACAUCGACUCUGUGCUCUACCCCAACCACUUCUCUGAGCUCCUGGAUGACCUCUCCCAGGAUGCUUUGCUGGGCCAGCUGCUCAGCGACCCCUUCCUGUCCGGGGAGAAGUACGGCGUGGAGUCCAUGGAGGGGGAGGACGGCGGCGACUUGUCCCCGUCGUCCCCUCUGCCCCCGCACAUCACCGCCGAGCACAGCUACUCGCUGUGCGGCGACAGCCGGCCCCAGUCGCCGCUCUCGCACCUGACCGGAGAGCACGGCAGCGAAGCAGAGUCGGACGGAGAUUCGGCUGAGUGGGCCAUGGAGCAGGACGAGGCCAUCGAGAGCCUCUUGUGUGAAACGUCCUCUCUGCUCCCGACGAUCUCCCUCUCGGUGUCCUCCUGCGAGGGACCCCAAGCACCCAAAGGCCCCGCUGUGGCCCCCGCAGCGCAGACGGCCGUCGGCAGCAACAACCAGGGCCAAGGCGUCAAGAUCAAAGAGGAGAUUAUAAUCCCUGAGAUUAAACUGGAGCCUCAUGAAGUGGAUCAGUUCCUCAAUCUUUCACCAAAAGGUCAGGAGUCCCUGCAGAUGCCCCCCACCCCUCCGAGUUCCCACGGCAGCGACUCGGAGGGCAGCCAGAGCCCCGUCCAUGCCACGCCAGGUCUGUCCUGCCCCACCUCCCCCACCAGCCCYCCGCCCUCACAGAGCAGCGCCAAAGUGUCGCCUCGCGCCACGUCCUCCCUGUCCAACUCCCCCCUGCUCACCGCUCCUCACAAGCUGCAGGGGUCCGGCCCGCUCAUUCUGACCGAGGAGGAGCGCCGGACGCUGGUGGCCGAAGGUUACCCCGUUCCAACCAAACUGCCUCUGACGAAAGCUGAGGAGAAGGCUCUGAAGAAGAUCCGCAGGAAGAUCAAGAACAAGAUUUCAGCUCAGGAGAGUCGCAGAAAGAAGAAGGAGUACAUGGAUGCUCUGGAGAAGAAGGUGGAGACRUGCUCCAACGAAAACAACGAGCUGCGCAGGAAGGUGGAGACGCUGGAGUGCACCAACAAGUCUCUGUUGCAGCAGCUGCAGUCUCUGCAGGCGAUGGUGGCAGGAAAAGUCCACAGGUCCUGCAGGGCUGCUGGCACCCAGACCUCCUCGUGUUUAAUGGUGGUCGUGUUGUGUUUCGCUCUCUUUUUGGGCAGUUUUUAUCCGGGCGGCUUGACUUCGUGUUCGAGCAUCGCUAAAACGAGCGUCGYGUCCAAACAGAGCGACGCCAAAGAGUCGUACACAGACUCCUACACAGCUACAGUGAAGUCCAGGAGUUUGUUAUCGACCUUCGAAGAGGAGCAGCCCCACCUCCUCGGCCUGGGCGGCGAAUAUCCCGAGCGGUGGGAGGACACGCCGGCCGUCGUCAUGGCGGCGUGGCGGCGCUCGGAGCAACAGAAGCUCGGGGCGGAGCCCGGCAGGGCGGAGACGCACCCGCCGUUUAGGAAUAAAAGYAACGAGACGCAGAAGAACCUGCUGCUGGACCUGCCGAGGACUCUGGAUCCGAGGUUGAACGAGAGCAGCAGUAAAGUGAUAGAGCUGGAUCGCUCGGUCAACGAGACCUCCUGAGGAGAGACCCUCCUGCAGCCCCCGAUCCAUAACACUGUACCUGUAGAAACCCUGAUAACGAAGACGCACUGGUCUUUAUAGCAGGACAAUGACUUCUGUAUUUAUAGACCUUUUUUUUUGUUGCUAUUAAAUAUUUUUAUUCUAUUCCACUCAUGCAUUCAUCUUAUUUUGAUACAAGCUUGUGUUGUUUAUUUUAUUUGUACUCUUAUAUAUAUAUAUAUAUAUUUGUCAUGUAGCAAUGUCUAGACUUACAGCGUCGAUAAAAUCUUCCUGUUUUUCACAGUAAAUUGGAAGAAAAGCUGCCAUUUCCUGUUUCUUCCAUGAUAAAUUGGACAUGUGCGAAAUGUUUUAACUCAUCUGCAUUCUUUUUAUGUGUGAAUCAGAAGUCAUGACGUGAUAUCUGCUGUUAAACUUUGGUUACGUUUAUCUGUUGCAGCACCGAGCGAGGCUAGCUGUUUCCCUUUGCUUUGAGUCUUUAUGCUAARCUAAGCUAACUGCCUUUGCAGUGAUUUGUUGCCUUUACCAGCCGYCACUUGCUGAUUUUUUUUUUGUGUUUUGUUUUUUUGUUUUUUAGCGUUUACCAAAAAUAAAUCCUCUCAUAAAUGAAAGAGUUACUAUUUUUGUAAACGUGGAUGGUUAGUGAAUGAGGAAUGGGUGUAAAUGAGAUGAUCCAUAUUUUAUCGUCGCUCUAUUUUGGGCUCUGGGUUGUUGAUAAAUCAUGAACUCUGGCGCUGCGGAUCUUAAGAAACACUUUGUUCUCCCCUUCAGCUGACGUCGGCUGAGCUGUAAAGAAUUCUUCAAACCGUAACGGUUCUGGUCCGGUUUACAGAGCAGAACUCCAGGUUUGAAGGGUUCAUCGUAAAAGAUGUCCGGAUGCACAUUUCUUACUGCCGUGUCUUUGGAAACACCAACAGAUUUAUUCCACUUUUUUUAAAAUCUGAUUUCCUUUCUUUGUUCCGCCUGUGUAAAUACUAAACUGGUUUCUGUCUUCUUGCUUUGAAAAUAAAGUAUUUUACUUAGUAAAAGCAUA